AUGGCCGACCCUUUUUCUAUCGCUGCAAGUGUGGCCGGAAUUCUUUCGCUUGGUAUAGAAAGCUGCAAGCUCAUCGUGAAGUACUGCGAUGAUUUCCACGGCGCCGAUGAUCAGAUCGAGUCGAUCGCGUUGAAGGCUGGUGGUCUCUCAUCCACACUCCAACAGAUCAAUACUCUUCUAAAAGAGACCGAUGGAGUUCAUCCCAAAAUUGCCAGCGAUAUACGAGAAAAAGUCCUGCAAAAUGAAACCUGGAUUACGAAGAUCAACAAACGAGUUGCGAACUUGUCUAUGGCGUCGUCGAGUAAUGGUUUGAGCGAUAAACUGCGCGCCACUGCUAAGAAGGCCGCAUUCCCUUUGAAGAAGAACUCUCUCAUUGAUACAGUUGAGAUAUUACAAGGGUUGCAGAUGAAUCUCCACACAGCAUUACUCACCCUACAAAUCCAGCAUGUAUCAGCCCUCAGUAAGCAGACAGAACUCAUAGAACGAGUGGAAAGCUUGGUGCUGGUGCGAACAGGCCAGCUUGGUAUGGACAUGGGCAGGAUGGAAUUGGCAAUUCGAAACACGCCAGAACCUCAACAACAGCAAGUUUCGAGACAAUCAUACAGUAUGCCGUGCGUGUGCUCAAAUAAUAUGACACGCUUCGGUCAUGGAAUGGAAAUUCGUCGGAAGUGCCCACGGCAUAAGCAUUUCACGCACACAAAAACACAGUCGAAGAGCUUUACCUUUACCAGCUCCUGGUUUGGACUCUCGAUUGAGGCAGCAAUAUCCAUCUCAAAGAGGGCGAAUGGGCUCUCGAUCAGCCCAACUCUUCAUUUCCACGCGAUUGUCCCCGAUGAUUCCCCCGCAUUCGAGCUUAUGAGAAAUUGGCCGGAAUGGGCCGCGACGGCUGAAGAGAUUGCAAGUCAUUUUAACAUGGUUGUGCAGGAGCUACAACAGCUCUUCGAUCAAGGCCGCGCAACUCCCUUUGAUAGGACUGCGGAUGGCGAGACCUUGUUGCAUACUGCAAGUUUUGAAUACUUUGGGUACAAUACAGGGGCCCCCGCGUGGAAUCUAAUAAAGUACCUUGUUGAAGCCGGUUGUCCCAUAAACGAAGAAAACACAUGGGGUCACCUUGCAAUGGAUGUCGCCAUUUCUAAUGGGGAUGACACGGGAAAACAUGUCCUACGUUUCCUAGAGCUUGGUGCUGUGUUGACAGGCACUCAUUUACAAUUCUCCAAAAGUAUAAGGAUGGUGGAGCAUCUCUGGUCCCAUAAUAGAGAAGCAUUCUACGUGUCCGAUGCUGCUGAAGCUGUCCUGUCACAUUCCAAGAACCAGUUGAAACACCAUUUGGAACUCGCCAGAGACGACCAGCAAAAGCUAAGUAAGUUGUAUGAGCUCUGCUCUUACUGGGCAGACGGAAUCCGCAUUCUCCACGAGGCCGGUGGCGAGAUACCAACAUCGAAGAAGAAUUAUUUGCUUCAGACAGCAAUAUGGCGUGAUUCCAUUGAAUCUGCACAGGCUUUUGUGGAUAUUGGAGCUGUCGCCGAGAGCUACCUCAUACCUAUGUCCAAGUCAAAGCCAAUGGAGGACAUCCUGAUCCAGGACCUCGUUUCCAAAGGAAAGCACCUUUUAAUGCUUGCCAAAUCUUUACCACCACAUGUCCAACUGAAGCUUGAACUGCAAAAUGGCCACCUCCCUGACCGAAAGGCGCAGUGCAUUGUUCUUGAACUGGAAUCGCGUGGGAUCCCCAUCGACCCAUGGUUCAGAUACUAUAAUACACAUCCUGUAUUUUGUGAAUUUGAACUGCGUCCAGACCAAAUGGAGCGGCUGUACCAGGCUGGCUUUAGGGACGUGGACGCACCUGAUAGUCAUGGAUACACGCCCCUAAUGCAAGCCAACACACAUGGCUUUUCGCUGUACAGCAUCCAGAAUGCUCUCGAGAGGAUCCCGUGGCUAGUCAACAAGGGUGCGAGCCUCGACGCCGUCUGCCAAAGCAAUGGAAUAUCGGCCCGCAGUCUAGUCAUCUUUAAUAUUGUGACCGCGACAAUGCGAUUUCUGACGGGAUAUUAUGGGAAUUCCCCCGCCGACAAUUGGGAUACCAGGCUUGCUGAAUUAUGCUCUCUCCUCACCAUGAAGAGCUUUCUCUUCCAGCAACUCCUGGGAUCCAAAAGCACAAAUGAAGCUCAGUGCUUCUGUUCAGUACCGAACGGCUCCCUAUCGAUGUUCUUGUGCUUUGCCACGAAUAUCGCCCUUUAUGUAAUGUUUAGGACAGAGACCAACACAACAGUCCGAAAGUCGCUAAGCACACUUUAUGAGGCUUUUUUGACUAAGCUGCAAAUAGAACCUCGAACUUCAUACGACAUUAUCCGGCUCCUGACUUUCACGGACCUUGGGCUCACUCAUACUUGCUGGCAUAUAGGAGGAAAGGACUGGCGGACCACGACCUUGGAUCCGUUCGACGAAAAAGAGGCCACAGAAAUUCGCGAUGAAGAGAGAUACACGAUAGAAGAGCUCGAGGACCUGGUUGUGGAAUUGCAGCGCGAGUAUAAUGCAUUAGAGAUUCCAUUGUGGGAGUAUAUCCAGAAACACUGGUGUGAUCGGAUGAGCGACUACCUCGAGAAGCAUGGAGAUAGUAUCACUGAUGAUUCCAUGUGCAGUAUACUGAGGCCGAGUGUGUUGGAAACUUAG